AUGGAUGGCAAACGUGUCGCUGUUGCUUUGGUUCUCUAUCUGGUCUUAAUGGCUGGGUCAGAAGGUAAGGCCCUGGAGAAGACAGAGGAAAAAGGCUUCCAAUGCCUGUGCAUAAGCACCCAUUCCAAGUUCAUCCCUCCCAAGGCUAUUCAGAAUGUGAGAUUAAACCAAAGAGGACCUCGCUGCAAAAACGUGGAAAUCAUAGCUACGCUGAAAGGUGGCAGACAAGUGUGUUUGGAACCCACUGCUCCCUGGGUCCAGCUCACUGUAAAGGCUAUUUUGGCCAGGGCGAGAGACAAUACUGAGUCACCAAUCAAAGAAAAGUCAAGGAAAAAGACACCUUGGAGUUUUUCAAGGACAUGA